AUGCUAUUAGAUGUGCUGCAGCAGUUCACCUCUGCGCUGAUACUGUACGUGUUCCUUUCGGUGCUUUUUGUGCUGUCGCUUUGGAACAACUACAUCACGGUCCACUUCAAGCAGAAGAGUGACCCGAGGGAUAAACGGAGCGCCAGUAAGAAGUACCCUAAGGAAACCACCGGUGCCAAGAAGACAAGAAGGUACUCUAGAGUCUCCAUUUCUUCCACCACUCCGCUAGAUAUCGAGAGUGACGAUGAGAAUAAUAUCGAGUACGAUCAUACUAUAACCUUGUGCGAUCACCCUGGCCACCAGUUCAGAUACGACAACAACCGUGGCAUUGAUGACCGUGUCACUGCAAACCCAUUUGAAGACAUUUUGAACAUGGAGGACUCGAGACUGGUCCCCGACCUGAAGUACUACUACAAACAGUACAACAUUGACAUUGAGGAAUUCGAAGUCGAGACUGACGAUGGAUUCAUCAUCGAUCUUUGGCAUCUAAUACCGAGAGACAAUUUUAAUGGUUCACCAUCAAACAAGUACCCUGUGUUGAUGUUGCAUGGCCUUUUACAAAGCAGUGGUAGUUUUGCAUCGUGUGGGAGGAAAUCGCUCGCGUACUACUUUCUCGCAAACGGGUUUGACGUCUGGCUCGGCAAUAACAGGUGUGGGUUCCAUCCAAAAUGGAAUUUGAACAAAGUGCAAAGGAAGCAGAAGUGGGAUUGGGACAUGACCGAGAUGGUACAGUUUGAUUUGAAGGCUCUGGUCACAGAAGUGCUGUCCAGGAACACGCGGUUUGAGAAGCUGACAUUGAUGGCACACUCACAAGGUACUACGCAGAGUUUCAUGGGGCUGAUCAACGGCCCCAAAUUUUAUAAAGAUGAUAAGGAUGGGUUCAACUUGGUUGAUAAUUUGGAUAAUUUUGUUGCACUGGCACCAGCGGUGUAUCCUGGUCCACUCCUAGAUGAAAAGCAUUUUGUCAAGUUCAUGGCCCACGGGAUCGACCACCAGUGGGUCUUUGGCAAGAGGUCAUUUAUGCCGCUUAUGAUGAAAAUGAGAUCCCUCAUGGCCGGUACCAAACCGUUCUCUUUCCUAUCGUACGUGAUGUUCAACUACAUGUUCGAUUGGAAUGACUCUCUAUGGGAUAAACCGUUAAGAGACCGCAAUUUUUUGUUUUCGCCUGUCCACAUCAGUGUAAAAUUGAUGAAGUGGUGGCUCUCGCCAGACCCUGCGAAAAACAGUUUCAAACACGGUGCGGACAGAAUGUUCCCACCAAACAAAUCGUGGUUCCCAGUCGCAGAUGCAAGCACGCCAGUCGAACAAUCAGAUAUACACCUCAACGAAACAAGAUCCACUGCUAACGAGUUCCCUCAGCUUCUCGUUUUCAUCCCAAGACAGGACAGACUCGUAAAUGGGGAGAAACUGGUCGACCACUUCACACACCACGAGGACAACUCCGUCUACAAGAUAUGGUACAUUGACGAGUACUCGCAUUUGGACGUGCUGUGGGCCCACGACGUCAUAGACCGGAUCGGGCAACAAGUCAUUACUCACAUGAGAAAUCCUGCUGCGACCACGAAGGAGGUGAAGACGGAGACCACAGAGCAAUCCGACUGA